AUGCCUCCACACGACUUAGGAGGUCCUUCAGGAGGAAAUAUUCCAUCUACUGGUGCACCGCAUGAGCCGAAACACCCGAUAUACAACAUAGUACCCACCGAUCCUGAUCACUGGCCACAAGCGAAAGAUGGCAAUCCGAACCCUCUGGCUCCCGAGGUGCGAGCUGCAGUGGGAGCUCUUCGAAGGGUCGGUGCGAGCUUGGGAUGGACCGACGACCGAGGCAAUCCGCCGACCGACGUCUUGGACUGCCUUCAAAACGCCUUCAGCUUUCAGUCUGGUAACGUUAUCAACCAGAGGGAGCAUCUGGUUCUUCUGCUAGCCAACACUCAGAUGCGAAUUCGGCCGUUGGAUCCCCUUGAAGCGGAGCCUCUGCUUGACCCGAACGUGAUCACGCUGGUGUGCGACCAGCUGUUGAGCAACUACAAGUCCUGGUGCACAUACGUUGGCAAGAAAACUAGCAUCAUUGACGACUCGGCUCUGGUUGGUCGCAAGAGGACAUCCCCCCCUACGGGCAGCACCGAUAUAGUCUAUUGCUCCCUCUUCCUGCUCAUAUGGGGCGAGGCAGCCAACGUCCGCUUCCUCCCGGAGUGCCUCUGCUACAUUUUCCACCAUCUCGCAACAGAGACGAACGAGCUGAUGACCCAGUCCGCCAGGGCUCUUUCUCGCGACCGCAGCAUUCCCAGCCAGCCGUACGGGUUCCUCAACACCAUCAUUCAGCCGCUCUACAAUGCGAUUAAAGGAGAGGCGGACAGCAAUGUGGGUGGCAAGCUGCCGCACGCCAAGUGGCGCAACUACGACGACUUCAACGAGUUCUUCUGGUCGCCACGCUGCUUCGACCGCCUCUCGUGGCCGCCCAACCAGUCUGCUGUCUUCUUCAUCCCCCCGAACAAGACGGGCCACGAGGGUGGCAAGACGGGCUUUGUGGAGCAGCGCACCAUCCUCAACAUGUUCCGCAGCUUCGACCGCGUCUGGAUUCUCCUCAUCUUCGCCUUCCAGCUGAUGUUCAUCACGGCAUGGAAGGCGGAGGACAGCAACCCCUUCACGUACUUGGCCGGAGACAGAGAUACUGUGGCGCUGCUGCUCACCUGUUUCAUCACAUGGGCCGGCAUCAAUCUCUUCCUUGCUCUGGCGGACAUGGUGAUGGAGUGGCGUCUCAUCCGCCCUUCCAACAUGCGCUUCAACGUCCGCCUGUUGCUGCGCCUCCUCGUUGCCAUCGCUUGGUGCAUCGUCUUCACCACCCUCUACCUCAUAAUGUGGAAUGCACGCAAGGCAGCCACCUACUGGUCGCCCACAGCCAACACAGCUCUGUUCACGUUCCUCAUAGCAGCGCUCGUCUUCAUGACCCCGCACCUGCUGGGCAUCCUGCUCUUCCUCACGCCUGAAAUCAGCCGCCGCGUGGAGGCCUCCAGCUCCUCCUUCAUCCGCAUGCUCGUCACCUGCCUCGAGGAUGACAACUUUGUGGGAAGGGGAAUGCGUGAAGACACAUGGGAUUCCAUCAAGUACUCCAUCUUCUGGCUCCUCCUCCUCGCUGGGAAGUUCGCCUUCAGCUACUUCCUCUUGAUCCGGCCUAUGGUGGAGCCCACCAAGGCGCUGCUCAACACAACCAUCCACUACACCUGGCCGGAGCUCUACAAAUCAGGCAAUUACGUCGCUGUCUUCUGGCUCUGGGCACCAGUUGGUGUGAUUUACAUCAUGGAUCUUCAGAUAUUCUACGCCAUUUUCUCCUCGGUUGUGGGCUACAUCAUGGGUGUCUUUGCUCAUAUCGGGGAGGUGAGCCACGUGAAGCUGCUCACGCUGCGCUUCCGCUUCCUGCCCCGCGCCAUGCACCUCAACCUGCUGCCGCCCUCCACCAACGCCCAACGCCGCGGUGGCAUGCGCAGCGCCAUGGCGCGCAUGUGGAACCGCAUGGUCAUGACCUACGGGCUCGUCUCGCCAGACUCCUGGGAGACGGACGAGCGGUGGGUGGUGCUGUGGAACAGCGUCAUUGAAAGCUUCAGAGAGGAGGACCUGCUGUCUGACGCCGAGUUGAAUCUCCUCUCUAUCCCCGAGGCCUACACCACGGCCACUGUCUCCCGCUGGCCCAUUGUGCUGCUGGCCGAUCAGGUGGUGAAGGCCACGACCAUCGCUGGCAGGUGGAAGAACUCCUCCUCGUCCCUCUGGCGCCGCCUCUGCUCCUCCGACUUCUGCCGCUGCGCCGUGCUCGAAACCUUCGCCCUCUUCCGCCUUUUGCUCUCCCACCUGCUCAUCGCCGGCACGCCAGAGCACCGCAUGGUGCAGCAGCUGCUGGCGGAGAUCGACGGUGCAGCAAGUGGCGCAGCAGGGGAGGCGCACACAGACAGGGACUUUGUGGACGACUUCAACCUGAGGAAGCUGCCCGCCGUGCAGGCCAAGCUGGUUGCUCUCACAGCGUUCCUUCUUGGGGGCCCUACGGAGGAAGAGCUUCCCAAGGCCAUCAUGCUGGUGCAGAACCUGCACGAGGUUGCCGUGAGAGAUUUCUGGAGCGCCGGCAACUACUCUCUCCUGCUCUCCAAGGGCGUCAUCCCGCGCUCCACCCCCCCUGCCUCGCCGCUCUACGUGGGCGCCAUCCGCAUGCCCGACCCCUCCGAUCCCACCUACUUCGCCCCGCUGCAGCGCCUGCACUCCCUGCUCACCUGCCAGAACGCCAUGGCUACCAUCCCUGCGAAUCCCGAGGCCAGGAGGAGGGUUACGUUCUUCUGCAACUCGCUGUUCAUGGCCAUGCCGCCCGCGCCGUCGGUGCAGCGCAUGCGGUCGUUCUGUGUGAUGACGCCGUAUUACAACGAGUCGGUGAUGUACUCACCGGAUGAGCUCAGGCGGCCCAACGAGGACGGCAUUUCUCUUCUCUACUACCUCCAGAACAUCUUCCCGGAGUCCCUCAAGAAAUCGGAGGCACAACUCUGCUUGAUAACAGCUUCUCUGCUGCCUUCUAUUCCUGCAGACGAGUGGAAGAACCUGGAGGAACGGCUGGGGGUGCGAGGCAGGGAGGUGUGGGAGUUUGACGAUGGGGCUGAGGUGUGCCGAUGGGCCUCCUACCGCGGACAGACCCUCGCUCGCACCGUGCGCGGCAUCAUGUACUACCACAGGGCACUGGACCUGCUCUCCUACUUCGACACUGACCCAGACGCCCCUCCCUCCCAAGGCCGUGAGCUUCAUUCCAAGCCCCAACCCACCGCCGCCCCUCCCGCCGAAGAAUUGUCCGCUGCCGCUGCCGCCGCCGCCGCCGUCGCCUCCGCCUUUGGUGGCAGCGGGAGGAUGCCAGACGCGGGGUGGGAUUCCCAAGGUUCGGUGGAGCACAUACGGGAGCAGAUCUCGCAGCAUCUGGGGCAGCAGCGGGAGUACGACCCCCAGUUUUCUCUCGCCGACGUGAAGUUCACGUAUGUGGUCGCGUGCCAGAUUUACGGCGAGCACAAGCGCAAGAACGACCCAAAGGCGCGGCACGUUUUGGAGCUCAUGCAGGAGAAUCCGGCGCUCAGAAUCGCGUACGUGGACGAGCAGCCGCCCGCCCUGGGAUCGGGCGGCGGGACUCGGUACUACUCCGUCCUGGUGAAGUGGGACCAGUGGAAUCAGCGCGAGGUGGAGAUUUUCCGCGUGCAGUUACCCGGCCCGAUCAAGAUCGGCGAGGGCAAGCCGGAGAACCAGAACCACGCCAUCAUCUUCACGCGUGGGGAGGCGCUGCAGACAAUCGACAUGAACCAGGACAGCUAUCUGGAGGAGGCGCUGAAGAUCCGAAACUUUCUGGAGGAGUUUUCGGAGUCGAGAAGACGGAUUCUGGGGAUGAGGGAGCAUGUGUUCACGGGCAGUGUGUCGUCUCUGGCGGCGUUCAUGUCGGCUCAGGAGACAGCGUUUGUCACCAUUGGGCAGCGCGUACUGUACAACCCUUUGAAGGUGCGAAUGCACUACGGGCAUCCGGACGUGUUUGACCGCGUGUGGUCGCUGGCGCGGGGUGGCAUCAGCAAGGCGUCGCGAGUGAUCAACAUCAGUGAAGACAUCUUUGCAGGCUUCAACACCACUCUGAGGCGUGGGGCGAUCUCGCACCACGAGUACAUUCAGGUUGGAAAGGGCCGUGAUGUGGGUUUGAACCAGAUCUCUCUCUUUGAGGCCAAAGUAGCAAGCGGCAAUGGAGAGCAGCUGCUGUCGCGGGACGUGUACCGGCUGGGCCACGGGCUGGACAUAUUCCGCCUGCUCUCCUUCUACACCACCUCCAUCGGCUUCUUCUUCAGCACUGCACUCACCGCCAUGGCUGUGUACGCCUUCCUCUGGGGGAGGUGCUAUCUGGUGCUGUCGGGCGUGGAAGAGACGAUUUCGUCGUCGGACAACCAGGCGCUAUCUGCCGCCAUCAACCAGCAGUUCCUCGUACAGAUCGGGCUAUUCACGUCGCUGCCAAUGCUAAUGGAGCUGAUACUGGAAAAGGGCACGGGGGCAGCCAUAUGGGAGUUCCUGCUCAUGCACGUGCAGCUCUGCUUCGCCUUCUUCACCUUCUCCCUCGGCACGCGCGCUCACUACUUCCUGCGCACACUCAUGCAUGGCGGGGCCAAGUACCGGGCAACAGGGCGUGGGUUUGUGGUGAAGCACGAGCCAUUCGCAGAGAACUACCGGCUGUACUCGCGCAGCCACUUCAACAAGGCAGUAGAACUCCUCCUCUGCCUCAUCAUCUACAUGCUCUACUCCUCCCUCCGCGCCUCCACCGCCUACUGGCUGCUCUCCCUCUCCGCCUGGAUCCUCGUGCUCUCCUGGCUGCUCGCCCCCUUCGCCUUCAACCCCCUGGGGUUCGACUGGCUCAAGUGCUGUGAUGACUGGGAGGAGUGGACUGCGUGGUUGUGGGCCAAGGGCGGGAAGGGCGUGACGGAGAAGCAGGCGUGGGUGGCGUGGUGGGACGAGGAGAGGGCGCAUCUGAAGACGACGGGGUGGGGGGGGUGGAUCGUGGAGACUCUGCUGGCUCUGAGGUGGUUUUUCUUCCAGUAUGCACUCGUGUACCGGUUGGACAUGGCGAAUGCGAGCACGAGCAUCCUGGUCUACGUGUACUCAUGGCUCUUCAUCUUCGCAAUGGGCCUCUUCUGGAUCUCCCUCACUCUCUGCGACCUCUACCUCUCCAUACGCGCCCACCGCCUCCACCGCGCUGUCAAAACCACCAUCUGUCUCGUCUUCCUCGCAGCUUUCAUAACUGCUCUCUCCUUCACAAAACUCUCCUUUUCAGACGUUUUCCUACUUCCUCUGGUAUUCCUCCCCACAGGAUGGGGGUUCCUGCAGCUGACUCUGGUGGUGGCUGGGGCCGAAGCAGCCAUGGGGUUGGUGGGGGAGAUCCUGGGUCAUCCAGAUGAGUUCAUGCCGUUGCUGCGGAUUCGGCACAUGGCGAAGAUGGUGUCGAAGCUUCCCGACGACGAGGAUUUCGCCUUCUGCUACGGCAUGCUCAACCGCGUCAGCAGAAGCUUCGCCUUCGUCAUUCAGCAGCUGCACCCGCUGCUGCGCGACCCGGUGUGCAUCUUCUACCUCGUCCUACGCGCUCUCGACACAGUCGAGGACGACAUGGCAGUGCCAAUAGACGAGAAGGUCCCCAUCCUCAUCGACUUCCACCAACACAUCUGCGACCCCGACUGGAAAUUCGUCUGCAGCACACCAAACGCCUUUCUUCACCCGGCCUUCCACUUCACCCCCAUCCCCCCCAUCUCCCCGCCAGGCGGCAGCAAGGACUACAAGGACCUCAUGCAGCGCCUGCACCACGUGCGCCACGCUCUUGAGAAGCUGGAGCCCCGGUACAAGGCAGUGAUUCUGGACAUAACGAGGCGCAUGGGAGCAGGGAUGGCGUCCUUCAUCACCACCGAGGUGGAGACAGUGGCACAGUACGACGAGUACUGCCACUACGUGGCGGGGCUGGUGGGCAUCGGGCUGUCGGACCUCUUCCAUGCCGCCAACUUGGAAGAAGCGUUUGAGGAGUCCCUCUCCAACUCCAUGGGCCUCUUCCUGCAGAAGACCAACAUCAUACGCGACUAUCUAGAGGACAUAACAGAGGAGCCCGCUCCUCGCAUGUUCUGGCCCAAAGCCAUCUGGGGCAAGUACGCUGCACGCCUGGAGAAUUUCAAGGGUGCUGGCAUCAGCAACGGAGCGGCUGCAGUGAAUCGCUUUGCGAUUCACUGUGAAUCACAGCUACUCGACCACUGUUGUGCUGCGCUGUCCCUCUCCCGCCCCUCCCCUCCCUCACAGGACUUCAAGGAUGUGGAGAGCAACGGAGCAGCGGCAGUGAAGUGUGUGAACGAGCUGGUGACCAACGCGCUGGGCCAUGUGAGCGACUGUCUCACCUACAUGCACCGCCUCCGAGACCCGCAAGUCUUCCGAUUCUGUGCCAUUCCCCAGUUGAACUCACAUGAAAGUGAGAUGCGCCAGAAGUUCCCAGAUUCAGAGCUGUCUUGCUGCUUCCAUGCGUCCGUUGGCCUUCCGGCCCCCGCACAGAUCAUGGCCAUGGGCACGCUCGCACUGUGCCGCAACAACAUCAGCGCCCUCGCAAUCAUGGCCAUGGGCACGCUCGCACUGUGCUACAACAACAUUGGCGUCUUCCAAGGCGUGGUCAAGAUGAGAAAAGGUCUAGCGGCGAAGGUGAUGGAGCAGACGUGGAGCAUGGCGGACGUGCGCUCCUCAUUCACAGACUUUGGCUUCGAGAUCCUGAAAAAGGACAAAACCGGAGGUCCUUUCGGAACCAUCCGCAAGCCGGAGGAGCUGGCGCACGGAGCGAACGCUGGUCUCAAGUGGGCUGUUGACGUCCUUGAGCCCAUCAAGGCCAAGUACAACAUCCUCUCUUACGGAGAUCUCUACCAGCUUGCUGGAGUCGUCGCUGUGGAGAUCACUGGAGGCCCAGAGAUCGACUUCCAUCCCGGACGCAAGGAUGAGGAGAAGGCCCCGCCUGAAGGCCGCCUACCUGACGCCACGGGCGGCUCCAACCACCUGAGGGACAUCUUCUACAAGAUGGGCCUCAACGACAAGGAGAUCGUCGCUCUUUCUGGCGCUCACACCCUGGGUCUGCUGGUUCUUCCCAGCGACAAGGCCCUUGUGGAGGACGCUGAGUUCAAGAAGUAUGUUGAGCUCUAUGCCAAGGAUGAGGAUGCCUUCUUCGCUGACUAUGCUGCGGCCCACCAAAGGCUAUCUGAGCUCGGGUUCGCGGAUGCUUGA